AUGCCGGCACCGAAUCCAACCCUUACAUCCGAGCUCUCGGCAGCUAAAUCAAUAAUCCUCGCCGUUCACUAUGCCUCCUCCGCCGAGCUCAAAUCCCUCCGAAGUUUGUUCUCCCUUCGCUCAUCCACGUUCCCUAAAGAGAUGCAAUUGCGUGUGCUUCUGUGCCUACCAGAAACGAUGAAGCCAGAUCUGUACGUACCCUUAAUCAAGGGCGAGCCUGGGGAGACUGUUACGGAGGUGGAUACCGCCGCCGUAUCGAAGAUCUCGGAAAAGAGAGCGAACAAGCGGGUGAAAGAGCUGCCGGCGCUCGCACUACAGACAGGGGGGGUGAGCGACGAGGACAUGUUAUUGUCAUACUUGGUCUGUCGGGCACGGAAUAUCGAUCGGGAAACGGGUGCGCUAUCGAUCGUUAUCGAGCUAUUGUCACCCUUUGUUGGCAUGGUUACGGGCGUAGACAAGUACCUGGGGGGUAUCGUUGAUAUUUUGGCGAGACUGACGUAUGAAUACGCAAGUGAAGAUGUAGGAGUGGGGGAGGAGGCCGGGGAUGAGAGUGGAAAGUUGGAGGUCUUUGAAGAGUUGGAGGCGCGGGUUGGGAUUAAGUUGCUGCUGGAUCGAUGUGGAGGUCGUCAGGUUAUUGUUGAUGAUUUGAGGAGACUUGUGGGGCCUUAUUUAGGUGCUAAAAGGAACAAUCGUGAGGGGUGGGAGGUUGUUUGGGAGUGGCUGAAGUGUAAAAUUGCUGAUGGGAACUGGGGGGACUUUGUCGAGGUUGUUACGAAGUGGAAUGGACCAGUGGGAGACCUAGGAUUGGAAGAAGAGUAUGCUAGGCUUUCAAUCGCUGGCUGCUAUGUGUGUCAGGAAACAGGGCAAUCGACGUGGGAGGGGAUGCGUGCGAUUCAUCGAAGGUGCUCAAAGUACGCUAGUGAGAGGCAGGGGUCCAAGGGCCAGAAGCUUCCGGGGAAACUUGGGGAUCCGUUCGACAAGGGGAAUCCAUUGGCGGCCCCAAAUGAAGAAUCUCUGCGGCUUCUGGGCUUGUUGAUAACAUCUGCUGGGGUCUUAUCGGCUCCCCUGGCGAACGUUGCGGAAAUCAGGUUGGGGGGUUCCCACGGGGACCAGGAAGCGUUGCUCGUGAAACAUGUACGGAAUGGCCCUAACUGGGCCAAACAGAGCGAUGAAGAAUGGAGAAGAACGAGGGAUGGCGUUAAAUGGCUGCAGACAAAGGCGAAGGUUUUUGGCACGUUAACAGUUGAAGAGGUAGAGAAGGUUUUACUUAGCGCAAUGCUGGCGGCUGCAAAGUUUGGCUUGGUUAAGGAGAUUUAUGUUAAUGGACAGAAUGGAAGUCUCGGAAAGGACGAUGUAGAGACAGGAAUUCUGGAUGCCUUCCAAGGGUUUUACGAUAAUGCGAGCAAUGGAAAUAAGACUCGGGGGAGCAUGAAGAACGCCCUUGGCGUGUAUGUUUCUAUUUCCCCUCUGUUGUGUUUUGUGGGUUAGACUAAUGCUGUUAGUCUUCAAAUAUUAUACCCUCAUAUAUCCAAAUCGACAGCUCUUGAGUGUGCAUAUCGGUUGACCGACGCAACACAUGCACUAUCCCACUACUCAUUGACACUCACACCCGGUGUCCCCUUACUACCAGUGCAAAUCCGGAUUCACAGUAAUCCAAUUUCACUAGUCGCUCGCCUCCUGGACUCAAACCCGGGGAGUUUCGCCCAGGCAGAAGCCCUUAUAGCAAUAGCCCGGAACCUCUGCUUCGGCACUACUGGCAAUGACGGCGGCAGGAAAACCGACGCCCGGGUAAUAGGAAUGUGCAUCGAAGCCGCGCUUUCCGAGGGCGACUUCGAGACAGCGUAUUCCCUCGGGAUGAACCGUCUUGUAACCAUGAUCGCUGAAAACGAGCAGAGUGUGGACGAAGAUGUUGCGGACAUGAUUUGGAGAGCGUGUUUCCAGGCUGGGAGAUAUAGAUCUCCGUACGCAGCUCUAGUCGGUGAGACGGCGGCCUUUGGCGGGAAGGCUCUCAGAACAGUAGAAAUGAGGAUGGAACUUCUCGCCCAGGCGUUGCGUUUCUGCCCCCCGUCCGCACUAGCAGAGGUCCUUGCCUCGUGGCGUAGAUGCGAAGAAGAGAUGCUGGCUGGCUUAAAAGAGGAAGAGGAAGAGGAAGAGAAGCGGGAAGCAUACUGGAGUAAUAAUAAUAGUGGGGAAGCCACCAGCACUGCCACCUCCGUGUCCAUGAGGAAAGACGACGAAACGCCAAUGGGAUUAUUCGCUGUUGCGGCCGGUGCCGCAAAGGCUCUUCGGGGGACAGCGUUUCCAUUGUCCACCUCUCGUGAGAAUAUCGUCCCCGCCGGGGAUGACGCAACAGUGGCAGCAGCAGCGACGGAAGACCAGAAGACCAGGAAGAGGGAUAUGGUCUCUGGGAUGGUGACUAGUGGGCUCGCGAGUGGGUUGGGAUGGGUGCUUGGUGCUCAGCCGAACGUGAAUCGGGGCUAAGUUGGUCUUGCGGUGGCGGCGGUUUCUAAAGUAGGAUGGUAGAAUGGGGCAUUUGCAUGCUUAGCGGUGUUUUUGAUUACUUGAUCGUUAGUAUGAGCGUCGGCUUUGGGCUGGAGUUUGAAAAGUUUGUCUGUAUAAUACAAGUAAGUUAGGUGUACGCAUAUGGUAAUUGUAGCGACGGUUUUGAGGAGGGUAAUUGA